GGGGCGGAGGCCUUGACCCCGUCUGUCUUGCGGCAGGUGCUGGUGUAUGACCUGCUCUUUGGCAAGGGUCUGAAGUGCGGGGGCCGCUGGAAAGUGCUGGUGCUGAAGCACCGGGCCCGACUGCAGGCAGAGCUUGCCCGUCUCAAGGUGCACAGGAAGGUGAACUGCAACGAGGACCUGCUGGCACCCACCGAAGCGGGGAAUCAAGCCCCUCAAGUGCCACGCUACGUCCGAGUGAACACCCUUAAAACCUGCCUGGAUGAUGUGGUUGACUAUUUCAAACGCCAGGGCUACUCCUACCAAGGCAGGGCAGCCAGAUUGGAGGAGCUGAGCUCCCUCUCAGGAAAGCAAUUCCUCCUGGAUCCCCACCUGCCCGAUCUGCUUGUCUUCCCGUCACAGACAGACUUCCAUAAGGACCGACUGUACGUCGCAGGGCACAUCAUCCUGCAGGACAAGGCCAGUUGCCUUCCUGCCUUUCUUCUGAGCCCCCCCUCAGGGUCCCAUGUAAUUGAUGCCUGCGCUGCCCCUGGAAACAAGACCAGCCACGUGGCCGCCAUCCUGAAGAACAAGGGGCAGAUCUUCGCCUUUGACCUGGACCCCAAGCGCUUGGCCACUAUGAGUACCAUGCUGGUGCGGGCUGGGGCUACCUGCUGUGAACUGGCCAAUCAAGACUUCCUGGCAGUUGAUCCCAGGGAUCCCAAGUACAGCAAGGUGACCUACAUCCUCCUGGACCCCUCAUGCAGCGGCUCAGGAAUGGUGAACCGGCUGCCAGGCGAGGAGACGGCACCCAGCUCGGAGCGGCUGCGGGCACUGGCUGCCUUCCAGCGCAAGGCCCUGGGCCAUGCUCUACGCUUCCCUGCUCUCCAGCGCCUGGCUUACUCCACGUGCUCCGUGCAGCAGGAGGAGAAUGAGGAUGUGGUCCGGGACGUGCUCCAGGAGCAUGGCUCAGCAUUCAGGCUGGUAAAUGUGCUGCCUUCCUGGCCCCACAGGGGCCUGGCCACCUUCCCAGCUGCCCAGUGCUGCCUCCGAGCCUGCCCCGCAGCCACACUGACCAGCGGCUUCUUC